AAACCAAUGAAAUAUAAAUUUAGCGACGCCUAGUGGAAGAAGAGAUGUCAGAAAUAGAAAAUGUUUAGUUUAGGUUAAUUUGACUUCAAAAUAAAUUCUUUGCACGGAAAAGGCGUAAAAUGGAUGGAACAGAUAAGGACGGCGCGCCUGUAAUCGCUGGAACUAGCACGGACUCCAUGUCUGAACCUUCAUCCACAAACAGUUCUAAGGAAUCUGUCUCGCCCUCCAAGUCUCUGUGUUCAACUUCCUCAAAUUCCUCCGCGGAGCAGCCUGUUGCAGCAGAGCCAGCAAAGGUUUCAUUUGAGUCUUCCAAAGUAGCAGCAAAUGAAGAAAUUCCAUUGCUGCUUGGAGAAAAAGUGCAAGGAAUAGAUGAAAAUGUAACGUAUCUUUGCCCUUACAACAGACCAAUCAAAGGAACUCUUACAGUCACCAACUACAAGCUGUACUUUAAUAGUGUGGAGCGGGAAUCUCCUUUUGUGCUGGAUGUUCCUCUGGGUGUUAUCAGUAAAAUAGAGAAAAUUGGGGGCGCAACAAGCCGAGGAGAGAAUGCGUAUGGAAUCGACCUUCUGUGCAAGGAUGUCAGAAACAUACGAUUUGCCCACAGACAAGAAAACCACUCCAGGCGUCAGGUGUUUGAGAAAAUUCAACAGUUUGCUUUCCCUGUCACAAACAAACAGCAACUUUUUGCAUUUGAAUUUAAAGAAGACUACGGGAUUGAUGGCUGGAAAGUGUAUAACCCUGAAGAAGAAUACAAGCGACAGGGUCUUCCUCCGGAGAGCUGGAGAAUUACGAAAAUCAACGAGAAGUACGAGUUAUGUGACACAUAUCCCUCCGUGCUUGUGGUUCCGGCGUCUGUGUCAGAUGAUGAUCUCCGGCAAGUGGCUUCACAUCGGUCCAGAAGCAGACUGCCAGUGUUAUCAUGGAUCCACCCCGAGAGUCAGGCUACAAUAACUCGUUCUGCGCAGCCCUUAGUGGGCGGGGCUCCACUCCGAAGAAAUCGACAAGAUGAACAUUACAUACAGACCAUUAUGGAUGCAAAUGCACAGUCCCACAAGUUGUAUAUCAUGGAUGCUAGGCCUCUCGUCAAUGCUUUAGCUAACAUGGCCAAAGGCGGGGGCUAUGAGAGGGAGGAGUGGUAUACUAAUGCUGAGAUUGCUUUCUUAGACAUCCACAACAUUCAUGUGAUGAAAGACAGUUUGAGAAAACUUAGAGAAAUUGUUUUCCCAACAAUUGAUGACAGUAAAUGGUUGUCCAAUAUUGAGGCCACACAUUGGUUGGACCACAUCAAGCAAAUUUUAGCAGGUGCCCUGCGGAUUGCAGAUAAAGUGGAGAGUGCCAAAACUUCUGUCCUGGUUCACUGUAGUGACGGCUGGGACAGAACAGCUCAGUUGACUGGGUUGGCUUCUCUGAUGCUGGAUCCCUACUAUAGAACCAUUCAAGGCUUUGAGGUGCUGAUUGAGAAAGAAUGGUUGAGUUUUGGCCACAAGUUCGCCCAGCGUAUUGGACACGGAGAGGACCGGCACUCGGACACGGACCGCUCCCCUGUGUUUCUACAAUUCAUAGAUUGUGUGUGGCAAAUGACACGACAGUUUCCAAAUGCUUUUGAAUUUAAUGAGCAUUUCCUGAUCACCAUCAUUGACAAUGCCUACAGCUGCCUGUUUGGGACUUUCCUGUGUAACUGUGAACAACAAAGAACAGAGAAGGGUCUGAAACAGAAGACAGUAUCCCUGUGGUCCUUUGUGAACUGUCAGAUGGAGGAAUUCACUAAUCCUCUUUAUGCAGCCUCACUACAGCAGCACGUGUUGUUUCCCGUCGCGAGCCUCCGACGCAUCGAGCUGUGGACGGGGUAUUAUUGUCGAUGGAACCCCCGUAUGAGACCCCAGGAACCAAUUCAUUUGAGGAACAAAGAACUUUUAAUGCUGAAAGCUCAGUUACAGAAAAAAGUGGAUGAACUUCUAAAAGAACUGGAAAAUAAAAAAGCCAAAGGAAAAUUGACAUCUCAGAAUAGUCCACCUAGAAUCUCCUCACCAAUCAAUGUGUGAGCACACAUCCAGUCACUGAAGUGCAUCCUCUGUGGGGCUGUAUUGUGAUCAAAUUAAAAGCAAACUGGCCAACAAGUGGUGCGAGUAUAUUGUGUACAGACUCCAAAACUGUCUGGUCCUAGGGACCAAAAUAGUGCAAUAUUUGGGAUAAGAUUGAUAGUCUUUUAGCGUACAAUAAAUCAUACCUAACCAUAGUGUCUUCCACGCAUGUUUAUUGUGUUACAUAUAAUGGUUUCAUCAAUUUUCAUUGAAGACCAACUUUUGUUGUUUUCCUGGUAUUGUCUGAAAAAUCAACAAAGUAGCUUUUGCUCAAAAAGUACAAUAGCUUUCCAUAAAAUUUGCCCCAGCAAAAAUAUUCCCGACAAUUCCAGACGUUGAUGUGCAUUAAAUUUGCUGAAACUGCAGUGCAACAUCCAUUAAAUUUGCUGAAACCGCAGUGCAACAUCUACACUGUUUUUAAGAAGAGUUGGAAUCUGUGUACAUUUUAUCAGUAGACUUUUUUGUCCUCGUUCAUAUUUUCUUGUCGAUACAGUAUGUAUACUCCUUGCACACAGUUUUAACUGUUCUGUAGAAAUUGCCAUAAACAAUUGUCAGUUUGUUCCAUUUCUAGUUUGUGGAUCAACUUUGUAAUGGGACAUUAUAUUAUACUACUGUAUGUGAUCUACUCAGCUGGAAAGUAGUCCUUAUUUAAUAACAGAGAACUUCAAUAACAAAAUCCAAUCCAAUUGUACAUAUAGGUUUUAAUAUUGCAGUUUAAAUUUUACUAAAACAUUUUUAUGUACAAAAAACAACAAAUAUUUGUACUAAAUACAAUAAAGAGCAACAAAUUUUGUUUACCUUUAUACUGAAAAACAUUUAGUAAUGUAUAACUUUGUAGGUGUUGCAUUUACUUUGAUGUGAAGUUUCACAACCUGUAUCUCUUUCUGUGUUAUGAAUUUGUAGUCUGGUUUAGAUGUACAUAAAUACACAGAACUAGUUAUUGUUUGAGUGACUAGACUAUACAU